AUGAGAAUGAGGUUCCACGCCACCCUGACUCAACAACUACUGCUAGUUUUCCUCAUGUGUGUAUGCCACAAAUCCCAGGCGGACACUUCACCAAGCAAAUACUCCAUGAUGACAAUGGAAGAAGCCUACAUUCAACUCCGGCAACACCUCUUAUCCAAGCAAAGCAUCAUCCACAGAGUGCCACCUCCUGCUUAUGGGUCAAAUGAGAUCAGCCUCAGCUUCACGCCCUUCCAGGUCUUGAAUGUGGACGAAAUCCAGCAGUCUGUGGACUUGUCAUCGAUGAUCAUUAUGUCGUGGAGAUUGAACAACUCAUUGUGGCAGCCAGCAGAUUACAACGGUCUACAUGGACUAUUUGUUGACUCUGACCUUAUGUGGACUCCCACAGUUCUGACACCUAAAGCUAUUACUAAUCCAAAAAUAGAAAUGCCUUCUUCCAUACUGGUGAACUACGAUGGUACCUUGGUGGUGUAUAUUCCCGGGAAACUGAGCACUCUGUGCUACCUUGACCUUGCCAAUUACCCGUUUGACGCACACACGUGUACUGUGGCGUUUGUUGAGCCCUCUGGCUUUGUUGAAGUGGUGCCUGACAACUUUCUUCCCAGUUAUACUAUUUCCGGUUUGUCAAAAUACUUCAGCACCAGCGCUGAGUGGAUGUUAGAGGGCAGCAGUUGUAAACUCAUACAGCCCCAACGUCAAGGUUUUAGCAAGUACACAGAAUGCCGUAUCACGAUCAAAAGACGCAGCAUCUUCUACACUGUGACCAUCGUGGUGCCCCUCAUCUUCAUGUCCUACAUGACGCUCAUCGUCUUCUGGGUGCCUGCCGAGUCCGGGGAGAAAAUCUCCUACGUCGUCUCCAUCUUCGUCUCCAUGACCGUCUUCAUCAACUUUGUGAUUGACGUCAUUCCCAGGAGCACUGACCAGUUGCCUCGUCUGGUGUAUCUGGUCACUCUCGUUACGGCCAAUGCCGGGCUAGUAGCCGCGGCGACUGCUCACGUGCUCAACCGUUAUCACCAACAGGCAAAGAACCAGGAGAUGGAUUGUCAGGGAGAAACUGGUGAAGAAGAAUGCGCCAAUACAAAUCGACGGAGAGGUCAGAAAAGGAACUGCGUCCACCCAGGAAAUGGUUCGGAUUUUAAAGCAGGUUGUAAAAAGCAUGCUUUGCAGGAACCCAAAGCGAACAGCAUGCGCUAUCUUGAGCCAAGUAGAGACAACACCAGGGCUUGUCUGGAGGAUCUCGAGUUAAAUUCCGAUACUCAGGAAAUGACAAAGCAAUCAGGGGAAGCAAACGGUAUGAUAUUCUUCACUCAGCAAGACCGUGGUGGAGAGCUAGAAUCUGGCAACCCCAGCGUCAGCCAAACACAGCGCGGAGGAGUCAACUUUUGGCUCCGAACAUACGACGACAAGCGUCUGGACAGGAUGUAUUUUACUGCGUUUAUCAUCGUCAGUUCGUUUACGGAAAGUUGCGGAAUUCGAGGCCGCAAAUUUGCAUUUGCGGCCGCGAAUAACCGCGAUGACAGAGAUCUUGCUGGCUUUCUUAAUGCUUGA